AUGGGGAAACUGGGAAGGAUGUUGGACACAUUCUGUCUUUCUUCGGGUUCAAACACUUGCUUUUGCAUGAACUCCAUGGAACUUGAAGAUGAGUUUGAGACUAAGCCCUUAAUUGUAAGUGGCAGUGAUCAUAAACUAAGAUUGAAGGAUGUAGUAGCUGGAAAGCAAACAUUGGCUUUUCAAUUGAAACCCCAGAUAGUGAUAUUGAGGGUGUCCAUGCAUUGCUAUGGCUGUGCAAAAAAAGUUGAGAAACAUAUCUCAAAGUUAGAAGGAGUGAGCUCUUACAAGGUGGAUCUGGAAACCAAAAUGGUCGUAGUCAUGGGCGAUAUUCUUCCCUUUGAAGUGUUGGAAAGUGUAUCUAAGGUGAAAAAUGCUGAGCUUUGGAAUUCACGUGCUAGUAAUUAAGGAAUAAUU